GGGAUUACAACGCGAAAAAUGCUAAAGCCCGACGAUAAGAAAAAGGCGGAGAGUAUAAUAUUGGAUCACAUAAGAAAGAACCCAAAAACAAGCCCAGAGAAGAUUCAGGCCGCACUCAAAGAUCGCCUAAACAUACCAGUUAGUUCAAUGCUGCUCUCCAAGUGGGUCUACAAAGUUAGGAAAAGCGAAGGGAUUCCAAUGCGAAGAAAGCUAAAUUCCAACGAAAAGGUAAAGGCGCUAAGUAUUAUAUUGGAUCACAUAAAAAAGAACCCAAAAGCAAAAGUAUCUGAUAUUCAGGCCGCACUCAAAGAUCAACACCAAAUAACAGUUAGUUUAUCGGCGGUAACAUUGUGGACUAAAAAAAUUAGGAAUGG